GAGUGCAUUUCUUUGCACUUCUUUACUUUUCCGUCAUAAAGGGGGAUUGUCGACUUUUUACGAGAUGGAAGAAACAACCAUUUUAUGAGAAAAACCGUGCGAAUGAAAAUACGGUUGAGAAAUAACUUUAACAUCUGGUGGAUACCUGUUGCGACUCCAGGAUUCUUUCAGGAGUCUUUUUUUCGUCUUGCACCGCUUGGACUGUGUUUUGGACGUUUAGAACCAUGUCGAACUGCGAGAAAGAUGCACCUGCAACCGAGAACUCCACACCGCUAACGCUACAGGCAUGUCUGGAGGAAUGCAUGGAGGCUGUAGACCUCUUCCUGAACAAUCACUUCACUGAGAGUCUCAACAAGCUGCAACCACGGGUGAAGGACAGCAUGUACCAUGCCCUGGUCUACGCCACAGUGCUGGAGAUGCAGGCCAUGAUGACUUUUCAGCAGGAAGACAUCAUCAGUGCAGGAAGCACCAUGAAGAGAGCCCAAGAAAUCUGCCAGAGGUUCCGGAAAAAGACCGCCACGGUUGGGUCUGUCGCCAAGUCAUCCGGUGAAAUACUGACUGAAGAGGAGCUUCACGCGGAGGUGUGCUAUGCAGAGUGCCUGCUACAAAGGGCUGCUCUCACUUUCCUGCAGGAUGAGAGUAUGAUGAGUUUCAUCAAAGGAGGAAUCAAAGUGCGCAACAGCUAUGUGAUCUACAAGGAGCUCCAUGCCUUCAUCCACUCAGACAACUUUUCCAAAGGACCAAACCACUGUCACUUAGAAGGAGGGGUCUCCCUAGGGGUUGGAGCAUUCAAUUUGACUCUCUCGAUGUUUCCUCCUCGGAUUCUCAAAUUGUUGGAGUUUGUUGGCUUCUCCGGGGACAAGGAGUAUGGGCUCUCCCAGCUGUAUGAAGGUGCCACAUCUCUCAACCUGCGCUCCAUGCUGUGUGCCCUGCUGCUGCUCUGCCACUACACCUUCCUCACCUUCAUCCUGGGGACAGGGGAGGGGGAUGUGGAUGAGGCAGAGAAGCUGCUGAAGCCGUUCCGGGUUCGAUAUCCACGUGGCGCUAUAUUUCUCUUCUUUGCAGGUAGAGCUGAAGAGAUCAAAGGAAACAUUGACGAGGCGGUGUCACUGUUCGAAGAUGGCUGCAAGGCCCAGCAAGAGUGGAAGCAGUUCCACCACAUGUGCUACUGGGAGCUGAUGUGGUGCUUCACUUUCAAGCGUGCCUGGAAGAUGGCCUACUUCUAUGCUGACUUGCUGAGUCAAGAGAGCCGCUGGUCCAAGGCAAUGUAUGUGUACAUGAAAGCUGCCUACCUCAGCAUGCUGCCCCAGGAUGAAGCCAGGCCCUUUGGGGAGGAUGAAGUGGAACUCUUCAGACAGGUGCCCUCCCUUAAGCAGAAGAUAGCAGGAAAGUCUCCCCCAACGGAAAAGUUUGCUAUUCGCAAAGCCAGACGCUACAAGGCCAGUUGCCCGGUGAAGCUCCCGGUGCCUGUUCUGGAAAUGAUGUACAUGUGGAACGGCUUCACCAUGAUCCACAGACGACCAGAACUAACAGAGGGGAUGAUGCAGACCCUGGUGGAUGCAGAGCGCACCCUGCAGGAUACUCCAUUGAACGAGUACACAAUAGAUGACCGCUGUGUGGUUCUGCUGCUGAAGGGGCUCUGCUUUAAGAACCAGGGGCAGACUCAAGCGGCCGAGGACUGCUUCAACAAGGUGUACAAGAGUGAGAAGAAGAUUAAGUUCGACCACUACUUGGUGCCGAAUGCACUGUUGGAGCUUGGUCUGCUGUACACACAACUGGGGCACAAAGAUCAGGCCAUCAAGCUGCUACAGAAAGCCAAAAAUAACUACAAGGACUACUCCAUGGAGUCUCGCACUAUGUUCAGAAUUCACGCUGCCCUGUCCAAACUCAAGGAUGACAAGAGUGACUUGGAUGAACUCACAGUACUCUAAUGCGCAGCACAUUUAUCUACAGACAGGACACAUGGACAGCCUCCAUCCACAUCACCGCUCCUUUUGACCUCUGUUCGGGGGAGUUCUUCUGUUGUGGCUGUAGGCUUCUGUUUGAGCUCCUUCUCCUCCCCCAGCAGGGGAAUGGAAAGUUUCCCUGAGAUGCAGACACAACUGCGUGUCCAUCUCAGCUGACACAAAUUUUUGAUGCUAUCUACUGUAUGAUCAGUCUUCCCCACCACUGGUGGCUCAAAUCCAAUAUCCUCCGUGUGUCUUCUAGUGUUUCGAUUUAAUUUGUUGUUGCACCUUUUGCGUAAUCUCAGGACAGAUAUUCCAAAUGAAGGAUACCUUCACUAGUAUGUGACACAAUAACGUAUGUCGCAGCUGACAAGAACUCUCAGCAAUUUGCUGCUCACUCAUUGUAGAGUUUGCUUACUGACCAUGUACUUGUUUCUUGUGUAGUCUGAGCAGGCACCAAAUCCAGGCCUUCACAAGCACAACUCCUGGCAAACACACCAUUAGGCUGCCAAAUCAAAGACCAAGGUCCCCACCUGCAGAACGUAUCAAGCUAUCAGACUCAUGUGCACUCCUUGAGCAGCUCUGCAUUCAAAUAUCAUGCCUUAAUUGUUCUGUUUGUCUUGUAACGAACGGCUGUUUUAAAAAGAAUUGUAUAGGACUGCAUACCAUUCACUGUUUAAAAUCCAUGAGGGGAUUGGUGGCACCUGGGACUUCACCACCAUGCAUAACUAGACCUUCGUACUUCUACAUGUAAUUUUUGUGGGGAAAGCACUUUGUUACACGCCCUAUGCCAAAAAGCAGAUGACAUGACUAGACAGGCAUGUUUUACUCCUGAAAGUAUUCAGAAUUAAAACUCAGAUGUUAGAUUUGAAAGGCACAAAAGGUCAGAAAUCGGGGCGCCCAAGUAACUCGGUGUUUAAGGCAGUCAGCUCGAGCACAGCCUGAACUGUGUGGCCUGAAUUUGAUCCCAGAUAUGUAACCAGCCAAUGAUGAUCGGAAGCCCACAGCAGUGGAACAAAUUGGUUGCACUGCUCUGGUGAUAGGUGUGGGUAAGGCGGCAGAGUUUGCUCAUUGCACCACUCUCAGGCACCCUGUGAUUGGUCAGGUGCCCAUGAGUUGCUUGGAGAAAGUCACUGUCUUGGAGGGAGUAGUGCCUGUCCUCUAAUGCGCACCCACUGUAGUGUGCUGUGUGACUUGCAGUGUGGAAAAAAUAGUCAUUGGCUGCCUGUCAAAGUAUCUGAGGAUUGUGUUUAUCUCAUCUCAGAGAACAGAGGUUGUCACGGUAUAACAUGGCUUCUACUGAAUACAACUUCUGAUUCUAAAAUUAGGGUUGUUUAAAGGGGAAAAUCCCCAAUAUGAUUUGGGGAAGGACCACACAAACACAACUUCAGCCCAAAGAAGGAUGCUAGGUUUUCUGUAUGGAGAAAUUAAAUUACAUUUCCAUUGUACUGUCAUGAAUCACACCAAACUGUUAAUGCAGCGACAAAAUGUAAUUGUAUUCAACCUCAACAUUUAAUCAUUGACACUUACUAUCAUGGUAAAAAAUGUUCAGACACUACUGCCCAAAUUCAAACUAACUGCAUGGCAAUUUGUCCUUAACUUUUAAUAGCAAAUAUAAUGCAUUUGUGGUGAUUAUAUAUAGAUUAUCACAAG